CCCUUCAGACUACCUGUUCCCAAACUAGAAGAUACAAUAAGGAGAUACUUGAAUGCACAGAAACCUCUUUUAAAUGAUGAACAGUUCAGGAAAACAGAAGAUCUUGCUCAUCAAUUUGAAAAAGGAAUUGGAAGACAGCUGCACGAGCAACUAGUUGCUCAAGACAGUCAAAACAAGCAUACUAGUUAUAUUACAGGUCCCUGGUUUGAUAUGUACUUGAAAGCACGUGAACCUGUUGUUUUGAAUUUUAAUGCAUUUAUGUCUUUUUAUCCUGAUCCAAAAUCUGAAUACAAUGAUCAGCUCAUACGAGCUACGAACAUGACCGUUUCUGCUAUACGUUUUAUGAAGACCUUAAGGGCUGGUUAUCUAGAACCAGAAGUUUUUCACCUCAAUCCUCAAAAAAGUGACACUAAGCUCUUCAAAAAAUUCAUUCGAUUUGUGCCUUCUUCUCUUUCUUGGUUUGGUACCUACAUGGUCAAUGCAUAUCCCCUAGAUAUGUCUCAGUACUUCAGGCUUUUCAAUUCAACACGCCUGCCUAAACUCAACAGAGAUGAGCUUUAUACAGAUGAAAAGGCAAAGCAUUUGCUGGUGCUGAGAAAUGGGAAUUUUUAUGUAUUUGAUGUUAUUGAUAAAGAUGGAAAUAUGGUGAAACCUUCAGAAAUACAAGCGCACUUGAAAUACAUCCUCGGUGACAAUAGUCCAGCCCCAGCCUUCCCUCUUGGAUAUCUCUCCAGUGAAAACAGAGAUACAUGGGCGUUGCUGAGAAAAAAUCUAUUGGACAAUGGCAAUGAAGAAGCUCUUCAAAAAGUAGACUCUGCCCUCUUUUGCUUAAGUUUAGAUGACUUUUCUGUCAAAGACCUUGUGCACUUGUCCCACACUAUGUUACAUGGAGAUGGUGCUAACCGCUGGUAUGACAAAUCCUUUAAUCUUAUCAUAACCAAAGACGGCACGGCAGGAAUUAAUUUUGAACAUUCUUGGGGAGAUGGGGUGGCUGUGCUCAGAUUCCAGAAUGAGAUUUUUAAAGAUAGCACUGCAGAACCAGCUGUCAGCCCCCAGUCCCAGCCUGCUUCAGUUGACUCUUCUAGAGCGGUACAGAGACUUGACUUCAAGCUGAAUGAUGCCUUAAAAGCAGGAAUUACCAAAGCCAAACAGAGUUUUGAUUCUACUGUAGGAACACUUGUUCUCGAUAUGCUUCAGUUCCAGAAGGGGGGCAAGGACCUGCUAAAGCAGAAGAAGGUAAGUCCAGAUGCUGUGGCGCAGCUUGCCUUCCAGAUGGCUUUUCUUCGACAAUACAAUCAGACUGUUGCUACAUACGAAUCUUGCAGCACUGCAGCUUUUAAACACGGUCGUACAGAAACUGUACGUCCUGCCUCCAUCCAUACAAAGAAAUGUUCAGAAGCUUUUGUCAAAGAACCAUCCAAAUAUAGUACAGAAGAGCUUCAGAAGAUGAUUGUGGAGUGCUCAGAAUACCAUGGCCGUUUGACAAAAGAAGCUGCUAUGGGUCAGGGAUUUGACCGCCAUCUCUUUGGCUUGCGCUACUUAGCCUUAUCCAAAGGUACUGCAUUACCUGAUUUCUACCAAGACCAAGCCUAUGCUCAGCUUAAUCACAACAUCUUGUCUACAAGCACGUUGUCUAGCCCAGCUGUGCAAUUAGGAGGAUUCGGCCCAGUGGUGUCUGAUGGUUUUGGAAUAGGGUAUGGAGUACAUAAUGAUUGGAUAGGUUGCAAUGUUUCCUCUUACCCAGCUAGGAAUGUGAAAGAAUUCUUGCAGUGUAUAAACAAGUCACUGGAAGAUAUCUUUAAUAUUUUACAGGGCAAAAAGAUUGGUAGUUAGACAUAAAA